GCCAAAAGCCGCCAAAAGAAUCGACAAUAAUCUACCACAGGCACCAUGGCCAAGAAAGCAAAGUCACGCACCAUCGCGGUGCGCAUCAUCUCCAUGGCCUUGACCGGUUACUACAAGACUCUUAUCCGACCUCGCCAACAUAGACCUUUGAGCAUGCUCAAGUACGACCCUGUUGUCAAGAAGAAGGUUCUCUUCCUCGAGGCAAAGCGCGGUGGUUCGAAGUAGUCGAGCCAAACGAACUGAGAAACGACCGAUUGCGACACCAUCUGUUGCAGCCAAUCUGUCUGGACCCGCCGUCAUACCGUAG